GUGUGAGACCUAUGACAGAGCCAUGAACUCUGCCAGUAAGAGGAUUGAGAUGGAGAGAGCAGACUCACCUGUACCCAGCUGUGUGUCUAUGAACAGUGACAGGUCAAUGGAUCCUCCACUCAAAUUUGGGGGAGGCUCACCUACUGAUCAAAGAGUUCAGCUGGAGAUAUCAGAGACAGUGAUGCCCAGCGGUCAGUCUGGCCAGAGUCACCAGAUGAAUUUAUCAUCCAUAUUCAAGCUGCUUGAAGACAUGCUUAUCCAGCUGGUACAGAACAAGCUGAAAAAGCUCCAGGGUGAUCUGAGUCAGGAUUACCCAGAAUGCUUUGAGAGUCAGCUGGAGGAUCCUGAUGUCCUGGAUGAAGUCUACAGGAUGCUGGAGAGCUGUGUCAGAGAGGGGGCUGUGAAGGUCACAGUGCACAUCCUGAGGAACAUGAACCACAAGGAGGCUGCUGACACACUGGAGAAAAAUGAACUCCAGAGGAAAUGCCAAAAUCAACUCAAAGGUAGCCUGAGGAAGAAGUAUGAAUGUGUAUUUGAAGGGAUCGCCAAGCAAGGAAGUCCUGCAGAUCUCAAUAAAAUCUACACAGAACUCGACAUAACAGAGGGUGAAAGUGAAUGGGUCAGUAAUAACCAUGAGGUGAGACCAAUUAAGAUGACAUUCAAGAAACCAGCCUCACCAGGGAUGACAGUCAAAUGCAAUGACAUCUUGAAACCCUUACCCGGACAAGAGAAACACAUCAGAACUGUGCUGACAAAGGGGAUUUCUGGCAUUGGAAAAACAGUCUCUGUUCAGAAGUUCAUUCUGGACUGGGCAGAAGGAAAAGCAAACCAGGAUGUUGAUUUCAUAUUUCCUCUACCUUUCCGUGAGCUGAAUUUGAUCAAGACUGAACAGUACAGUCUAACACAACUGCUUCACCAUUUUUUCCCAGACAUCAAAGAGCUUGGAUCCAUUAAGAGAGAUGGUAGCAGAGUUGUAUUCAUCUUUGAUGGUCUGGAUGAGUGUCGCCUUCCCUUAGAUUUCCAGAUCAAUGAGGGCUGGUAUGAUGUCACAGAGCCAACAUCAGUGGACGUGCUGCUUACAAACCUCAUUAAGGGGAAUCUGCUUCCCUCUGCUCUCCUCUGGAUCACCACCCGGCCAGCAGCAGCCAAUCGGAUCCCACCUGACUGUGUCCACCAGGUGACAGAGGUACGAGGAUUCAACAACCAACAAAGGGAGAAGUACUUCAGGAAGAGAAUCAGUGAUAAAAACCUGGCCGACAGAACUAUCUCACACAUAAAGUCAUUAAGGACCUUCUCCUUUAUGUGUGACAUACCAGUAUUUUCUUGGACUGUAGCCACGGUUCUGGAGCAAAUGAUGGGUGAGGCAGACAGAGGAGAAAUCCCUAAGACUGUGACUCAAAUGUACACACACUUCCUUGUCCUUCAGAUGAAUACAAUGAAUCAGAAGUAUCCCAGAGCACAAGACGCAGAACAAAAGUUGUUGGAAUCAGACCAGGAGUUCCUUCGGAAACUGGGCAAGCUGGCUUUCCACAAGCUAGAGAAGGGCAAAGAUAUGUUCACUGAAGAAGACCUGAGAGAGUUUGACAUUGAUGUCAGUGAAGCUUCACUGUACUCUGGAGUGUGCACCAGAAUCUUUAAAGAGGAGUUUGGGCCGUAUCAGGAGAAAACAUACUGCUUUGUGUAUCUGAUCAUUCAAGAAUACCUUGCUGCAUUGUACGUGUUUCUCUCCUACCGAAACAAGAACAGAAAUGUACUUGACAAAAGUGAACUUCACUCCUUAAAAGAUGUGAGGACAUUUUUCAGAGAAAUAUCUAUAACUAAGCUGCACAAGACCGCAGUGGAUCGGGCAUUGCAGAGUGAGAAUGGACACCUGGACGUUUUCCUCCGCUUCCUUCUUGGCCUCUCACUGGACUCCAAUCAGCCUCUCUUACAAGGCCUGCUGACACAGAGAGGAAGCAGCUCACAGAGAAUUAAGAAAACAGUCCAGUAUGUUAAAGAAAAGAUCAGGGAGAAUCUCUCUCCAGAGAGGACCAUCAAUCUGUUCCACUGUUUGAAUGAACUGAAUGACCAUUCUCUGGUGGAGGAAAUCCAGGGUUACCUGAGCUCAGGAAGUCUUUCAAAAGAAAACCUCUCACCUGCACAGUGGUCAGCUCUGGCCUUUGUGCUGCUGACAUCAAAAGAGGAGCUGGAUGUGUUUGACUUGAAGAAAUACAUCAGAUCAGAUGAAGGUCUUCUGAGGCUGCUGCCAGUGGUGAAGGCCUCCAGAACAGCUCUGCUGGACAGCUGUAACCUCAGCAAGGAAUGCUGUGAAGCCUUGGCCUCAGCUAUCAGCUCAAACUCCUCCAGUCUGAGAGAGCUGGACCUGAGUGACAAUGACCUGCAGGAUUCAGGAGUGGAGCUGCUCUCUGCUGGACUGGGGAAUCCACACUGUAAACUGGAGAAACUGAGACUGUCACUGUGUGGAGUCACAGAGAGAGGCUGUGUUUCUCUGGCUGCAACUCUGCAUUCAAACCCCUCACACCUGAGAGAGCUGGAUCUGAGCUACAAUCACCCAGGGUAUGUAGGAGUGAGAGCGCUCUCUGCUGGACUGGAGGAUCGUAACUGCCAGCUGGAGACACUGAGGCUGAAUUGUUGUAACCUCAAUGAGAAAUGCUGUGAAGUGCUGGCCUCAGCUAUCAGCUCAAACUCCUCCAGUCUGAGAGAGCUGGACCUGAGUGACAAUGACCUGCAGGAUUCAGGAGUAGAGCUGCUCUCUGCUGGACUGGGGAAUCCACACUGUAAACUGGAGACACUGAGGCUGUCAGACUGUAACAUCACAGAGAGAGACUGUGUUUCUCUGGCUUCGGCUCUCCAUUCAAACCCCUCACACCUGAGAGAGCUGGAUCUGAGCUACAAUCACCCAGGAGACUCAGGGAUGAGAGCACUCUCUGCUGGACUGGAAGACCCCAAGUGUAAACUGCAGAAACUGAGGCUGAACAGCUGUAACCUCAGUGAGAAAUGCUGUAAAGCUCUGGCCUCAGCUAUCAGCUCAAACUCCUCCAGUCUGAGAGAGCUGGACCUGAGUGACAAUGACCUGCAGGAUUCAGGAGUGGAGCUGCUCUCUGCUGGACUGGGGAAUCCACACUGUAAACUGAAGACACUGCGGCUGUCAGGCUGUGGAGUCACAGAGAGAGGCUGUGUUUCUCUGGCUUCAGCUCUGCAUUCAAACCCCUCCCACCUGAGAGAGCUGGAUCUGAGCUACAACCACCCAGGAGACCCAGGAGUGAGAGCACUCUCUGCUGGACUGAAGGAUCCCAACUGUAAACUGCAGAAACUUAAUGUGGCCCAUGGCGGUGUGUGCAGGAUCAAACCAUCGCCAAGGAAGUAUGCCUACCAGAUCACACUGGAUCCCAACACAGCACACAGAGAGCUGUCUCUGUCUGAGGGGGACAGGAAAGUGACACAGGAGAGAAAGAAGCAGCCAUAUCCUGAUCAUCCAGAGAGAUUUGAGUUCUGGUCCCAAGUGCUGUGCAGGGAGGGUCUGUCUGGGCGCUGCUACUGGGAGGCUGAGUGGAGUGGGAGGUGGGCCCGUAUAGGAGUGGCAUACAAAGGAAUCAGCAGGAAAGGUGGGGGUGAUGAUAGUUUCCUUGGGCACAAUGACAAGUCCUGGUGUUGGUCCUCCAGCAACUACUCUGUCUGGCACAAUAAAUUGGAAUCUCCCAUACCUGUCCCUCCAUCCACCUCCUGCAGAGUAGGAGUGUACCUGGACUGGCCAGCCGGCACUCUGUCCUUCUACAGCGUCUCCUCUGACACAGUGACCCUCCUGCACACAUUCCACACCACACUCACUGAGCCCCUUUAUCCUGGGUUUUCUCUUGGGCCUGACUCCUCAGUGUCCCUGAUCCAGCUGGAAUAGACUCCUUUGUCCUGGAGGAACACCCGUCUCCUCAGUGUCCCUGAUCCAGG